GGAGGAAAAUGUCAAUAAUUCAGAGACCGAAAAUGUACCUGGAGAGAAAAUACAGCGGAUUUCGUAUGUUCGACGACUGGACAGAACGCCAGAAAAAGACUUUAAUUUGAGGAAUGAGGACGAAAAAAAAAUUGUUUGCGAAAGACGAAAAUUGACGGGAAAAGUUAAAGAAAAGAUCGAUCGGUUGGAGAGAGAAUUAGAAGAUAGGGAGAAGCUUGUGGCUACUGAGAGGCAGUUACGUGUCCAAGCCGAGCAGAAGCUUCAAUCUGUGUAUGAAGACAUGUACCUGAGCCCCACGGUGAAUCGCGAGUUACGAGACCGACUGCCUCGCGCCAACAAGUCAGACCCCUUCAAACCCCAGGACACAGAUGUCUCGGAAUCUGAACUGAGCUCCAUUGAGGAACAGAUUGUUGAGGAAGAGGAAACCAGCAAGUCUGAGAGUUGCAGCAAAGCAGGAAUGCAUAAGGAAAAGAGAAGAUCCGGGUCUCCAAAAGCCAACUCAAAACAUUCAUCUAAGUCUUCUGAUAAGUUGCCUGGUAAAAAACUUGAUUUCGAUUCUGAAGGCAGAAAGCCCAGCAGUCCUUUUAACGCCUCUGGGACCCAGACAGGACUUGACCACUCACACACUAUGCCUUUCUCCACUCUGAGUCCUCCAUUACGCGGUUUCUACAAUCAUCCGUUGGGUGCUAGCUCUUCCUUCAUGCCAUAUCCCAACACCCUAUUGUCUGGUAAUCUGGGCACUUACCCUGGACCGUAUCUGGCCUCCUCAAGCCUGUAUUCUCCACCUUCCCUCACCCGUCACCUGUCGUUCCCAAACAUGCAUUUUAGCCCCAACCCAGGGCUAUCCCUCCCCCCUUCUCAACCGCUCAUGCAGUCACAGUCAUUGUCAAAUUUGGAAACAAUCAAGCCCUCCAGUCAAACAACCCCAGAAUCGUCCUCAUCAUCACCCCAAAAAAUGGCUUCCACAUCCAUACCGGAAAACACUGGAAGUGCCCAUCAGAGUUCUUCAGGCUUGUUCAAUAUUUCUCCGGAUUCUGGAUUAGGUGCCAGUUUUGCUGGCCAGAGGAGCUUUUCUUUCCUUCAAAGACAUGCAUUAAAUCCACCAGGGACAUCCAUUCUCCCUGAUCCAUUUUUGACCACGUCUUCACCUCGACAGUCAUUUGGCCUUCUGGGUCCGGGUUACGAUCAGAGCAGACAAAUCGCACACCUGUUGAAAGAAAUUGAUGCACAGAGAUUAGAGGCUAAACAGUUAAGGACACAGCUGGCGGACAGAGAAGCAGAGCUGGAUGUGCUUAAGUUGACCAUGAAGGUCAAGGGCACAGAGCACGCAGUUGGGGCAUCUGAAAUGCAGCAGGCGGCAGGAGUUGUUGAGGAGGUGUAUACGGCCCAAAGAAAGCGAGAUGAGGCAAUGACAGGCCGUAUGAAACUGGCCAAUGAGGAGAAAGAUGACGUCAUGGCCCGUCUGCGACAAAUUGAGGCCAGGCUCGACUCCCAAGGUGCAGGGACGUCAUUUAUGGAACCUUCUGUGGAUGAGCUUCACAUUGAUGUGGGCAAUCUAGACAACUCUGAGGAGCUUUACACUUUGUUGUCAAGGCUGGACUCACCGUCGUCGGGGGAUGGCGAGAUGUCGGCAGUGGUGAGUCAUGUGGAGGCAAUGAGGCAGCGACAACGAGAGGUCACCAACGAGGAGAUGGCUAUUGUUAUGGAGCAGCGGGACAUCGCAUUAGCAAAAUGCCGCAAGCUUGAGGAGCAGCUACUGAAGUAUCAGCGAGAAAGUGAUGCUGACGGAGGCAUGGACAAGACAGUUAGGGCCAAACUUGCUGCACUACAACAAGAGAGGGACAUUGCAGUUGCCAAAUCCCAACAACUUGACAACGAAGUUCAGACGCUACGUAUUUACUACGGCCUGCGGCAGUCCAUCUCCAGUAGCAACUCCUUCCAACAGUCGACCCACCACCCCGUCUCGGAAGAGCUGAAUUCCACAAGGCAACAGCUUGAGGGAACGGAGAAGGAAAACAAGCACCUUGUCUCCCAGCUUCGAAUUAACACCAUUGAAAAGAAGCAGCUCGAACAAGCUUUGGAGUCUGUGAGGCAGGAUCGAGAAAGACUCCAAAAGCUUGUUGGGAUCCUUAAGAAGAAACUAAACACUGAAAAGCCGGACACAUAAAAGAGGCCACAAUAACUAGGCCUGGUACCCUUUCAGCGAAAGUGCAUUCCUGAAAUCUCUGAGUUGACAUACAUAUAUUUAUAAUAAGUCAUGCUUGUAAGUUGUUCUGAGAACUUGUAUCAGUCUAGUUUGUUGUGGAAAGCAUAAGGCAUGAGAGGCUUUGCUGAUUGACACAACAAAUUAGACCACUAUACCAGUGUAACAUCCCAGUUAUGUAACACCAUUUUCAGUGAAUUAUCCUUAAAUUAUAUCAAGAAUUAUCUUUUGGGAGAUGAGCCUUGCCUUUGACUGAAUGACACAAAUUCUGUAAGCUGGUUUAGUACUUGUUUUGACAUAAAAGUAGAUUUUGUGAAAGGAAAUAAGAAUGAAAAUUAGGUUUCUUAUAUCUAAAGGUUUAAUACAGUAAGUAUUUUGGCUGAUAGUUACAUGAUAAUUAUUUUUAUAGAUCUUUCAAGAAGAUAAUUAAAAUAAGUGUUACCGGUAUGCAUUUCUCAUAUGUUGUGUAAGGGCCAACAAAUGAGAUGAUUUUAAUUAAAAUAAAAUCAUUUGUCUAAUAUUACAUGUAUUUUAUGGAUUUAAGUUUAAAUAUGAUGAAUUCCAUCUAAAAUGAAUGUGUGUAGCUAAAUUGAAAUUCCUAAAAGAAGUUUAUCUUACAGUUAAACAAUAUAUUCCAAGCAAGCAACACCUUCAAAUUAGUUUUCGUAGUUGAAAAUCGAACGGCACUAUGAAUUUUCUGAUGUUGGCAAUAUAAUUAAGGUAUUUAAAUCUCAUGUUUGAUUUGUAUUGGUGUAUGUUGUUUUUCUGUUUGUUAAUGAAAUAAGUUAUUUAUUAUUUCAGAUGAACCUUAACACAUGAGAAUUAUGAUUCCUGGCAUUGAUGUUAAUUUACCCUUAACUCUAACAUGUAUUAUAAAAGCAUAUACCUUAUAAAAUAUGUGAUCAUAAUAAUGCAUAAUGUAAAAUAUAGAUAUUUUGUCAUCUAUUUAACUGAGAACAUUUAUACAAAUGUAGUUCUUUUAAGUUGAGAAAUUCAAUAUCUAGCAUAAUGCAAUGCACUGAAUAAAAGGAUAGGAUUGAAACAAAAGAAAAUUCUGACAAACUUUCUCUUUUUAACCAGGUUUUCCGAAGGAAAAAACUGGUUAUUAGAUUGGCGAAUGCGGGCGGGCUGGCUGGCUGGCUGGCUGGCUGGCGGGCUGGCGGAAUAAGCUUGUCCGGGCCAUAACUAUGUCGUUCAUUGUCAGAUUUUAAAAUCAUUUGGCACAUUUGUUCACCAUCAUUGGACGGUGUGUCGCGCGAAAUAAUUACGUCGAUAUCUCCAAGGUCAAGGUCACACUUUGAGUUCAAAGGUCAAAAAUGGCCAUAAAUGAGCUUGUCCGAGCCAUAACUAUGUCGUUCAUCGUCAGAUUUUAAAAUCAUUUGGCACAUUUGUUCACCAUCAUUGGACGGUGUGUCGCGCAAAAUAAUUACGUCGAUAUCUCCAAGGUCAAGGUCACACUUUGAGUUCAAAGGUCAAAAAUGGCCAUAAAUGAGCUUGUCCUUGCCAUAACUAUGUCAUUCAUUGUGAGAUUUUAAAAUCAUUUGGCACAUUUGUUCACCAUCAUGGGACGGUGUGUCCCACGAAAGAAUCACGUCAAUAUCUCCAAUGUCAAGGUCGCCACGACUAAAAAUAGAUUUAAAAAAAAAAAAAAAACUUUCAAAGGGGGUUAAUUUUUUUUGGUCAUUUCAAAAGUUCAGUUUGAGUUUUCUCCCUUUAUCAGAUUUUUUUUUCACAAUGAAAACCUGGUUUUGUGACAAUUUUGUCCCUUGUUCAAAUUUAAAUUUGGAAGAAUGUUAGUAUUUUCAAUUUUUAACCAGGUUUUCCGAAGGAAAAAACUGGUUAUUAGAUUGGCGAAUGUCGGCAGGCGGGCGGGCAGGCGGAACAAGCUUGUCUGGGCCAUAACUAUGUCGUUCAUAGUGAGAUUUUAAAAUCAUUUGGCACAUUUGUUCACCAUCAUUGGAGGGUGUAUCGCGCAAAAUAAUUCCAUCGAUAUCUCCAAGGUCAAGGUCACACUUUGAGUUCAAAGGUCAAAAGUGGCAAUAAAUGAGCUUGUCCGAGCCAUAACUUUGUCGUUCAUUGUUAGAUUUUGAAAUCAUUUGGCAUAUUAAUUAUUCUGUUCACCAUCAUUGGACGGUGUGUAGCGCAAAAGAAUUACAUCAAUAUCUCCAAGGUUAAGGUCGCACUUUGAGUUCAAAUGUCAAAAAUGGCCAUAAAUGAGCUUGUCCGGGCCAUAACUAUGUUGUUUAUUGUGAGAUUUUAAAUUCAUUUGGCACUAUGUUCACCAUCAUUGGACAUUGUGUCAUACGAAAGAAUUACGUCGAUAUCUCCAAAGUCAAGGUCACACUUUGAGUUCAAAGGUCAAAAAUGGCCAUAAAUGAGCGUGUCCGGGCCAUAACUAUGUCGUUGAUUGUGAGAUUUUAAAAUCAUUCCGCAAAUUUGUUCACCAUCAUUGGGCAGUGUGUCAUACGAAAGAAUUACGUCGAUAUCUAUAUGGUCAAGGUCACACCUUGAGUUCAAAGGUCAAAAAUGACCAUAAAUGAGCGUGUCCGGGCCAUAACUAUGUAGUUGAUAGUGAGAUUUUAAAAUCAUUUGGCACAUUUGUUCACUAUCAUUGGACAGUGUGUCAUGGGAAAAAAUUAUGUCGAUAUCUGCAAUGUCAAGGUCACACUUUGAGUUCAAAGGUCAAAAAUGGCCAGAAAUGAUGCUGAAUGGGUCAAGUUCCCCACGGGUACUACUUUCCCGUACUCCGGGUACUUUGAAGUAUACUUCACCGUACACCGAUUUUCAAAUGAUACUUUUGGGUACCCCGGUAUGCUUACAGGUACCCCAUCUUUCCUAAUAAAACAAAAUUCGUACCCAAAAUUUUUCGUACCCAUUUUUUUUUCGUACCCAAAUUUUUUUUUGUUCCCACAUUUUUUUUGUAUCCACAUUUUUUUUCGUACCCACCUUUUUUUUGUAUCCAAAAUUAUUGUACCCAAAUUUUUUUUCAUACCCAAAAUUUUCGUACCCACAUUUUUUUUCGUAACCAAAAAGAUAGCAUGCAAAAUAUUCUGUGUCAAUGCAGCAUGUGGGCAUUUACGUCACGUCUGUGACAAAGCUCUAGUUAUAAAUAUACUUUUUUGAAAACCUGGUUUUGUGACAAUUUUGUCCCUUGUUAUGUCAUUUGUUCAGCAUUGUAUUACAGUGUGCAAUCAUUUAUGAUUACUUAUUACUUCUUUUUCAUAAUAUCCUGCCAUAUUUAUUUCAAUUUCCUUAAGCCAUCUUUUUUGUUGCCAUAAUCAUACCUUUCCACCCCACGCUUUACAAAGUAAAGGACUUUAUAUUGGAAUUACCAUUACCUCUGUCAGCACACAAAAACUUGUCUGAAAAUUGUAUCUGCCUUUUCAACAUGUAACAUUCAAACUUGUCUUGUUCCUUAUUCAGAGGGGGUUAUCACCUGAUAUUCAUGAUGGGAUGUCCAUGCCCAAGACAGGUAUUUUUUGCUGUUUUAUACCCUUCAUUACUUGUAUUAAAAUUUUAAAUGCCCCUCACUUUUCACACAUAUCAGCAAGAAAGUGAAAAGCCUUUAUUUCGUAUUAAUAUUUGCUCUAUAUCUCAACUUUACUUGCUGGGAAUUUUCUUAGCGGGAUGACCUAAUUACAGUUCCACUAAGAAAAUUUACAAUGAGAAAAGUCAUGAUAUAAAGUGAUUUUUAAUAUGAAAUAAACGCUUAUCACAUACUUACUGAUAUGGCUGUAAAGUGAGCGUCAUUUAAAAAUUAAACAAAAGAAUAAAGGGUAUAAAAACAGUGAAAAAUACCCGUCUUUGAAUGGACGUUGCCAUCUUGACUAUCAUGUGACUCCCCGUCUGUUAUUAUAUAUAGCUGGCCAAGUGCAAUUUUUAUCAACGUUAAAAUUACAAAAAAUGAUGCCCCUUUUUCAGAACAUUUCAUAACAACAUGCUACUUAUAAUGAUGUUUGACAUCAGGUGUAUUCUUUGUCACUAUUGUGACAAAUUCUAGUUUCUACAUCAUUUCCUGCAUACGUUUGUUCUACACAUAUAUAUGUUACACAAUUUUUAGGACUAACGCACAUUUAUUAUAAGUUUUUUUUGUCAUUAUGUUUUAAUGUGUUAAGCAUUAUUUGCUAAACUGUCAACUGUAUUGCUUCAUCUAUGUGUUCAAAUAUUAUAUGAAACAAAAAUCAUAAUUAUGUUCAUAAAUUUAUUUCAUACUUAUGUGAAUGUUUAUGUGUUUCCAGUUUCUGUACCACUCAAUACUUAUUUUAGAAAUCUGUUGAUUGUAAUUUGAGGAACAUCUUUUGGUUUUAGCUCAAUUGAGCUUGUAGUGUGCAUAGGAAACUUUUAGGAUGCUGUGAUGUCUGUAAAUUAACAACAUUUCGUCUUGAAUAGCAUGGCAGAUUUCCAUAAAACUUCACAUGAAUUAACCUAGGGUGACCCUCCUUCAAAUUUCUUAAUAUUGUUCAAGUCCUUUCUAUUGGUAAUAAGAUCUAAAAUUAGAUGUUUAAAAUAAAAUUUUUAAAAAUCUUCACUUAAGGCACAAGUGUCACUGGAUUUAGUAUUAGAUGUGUAACAUUGUUAAGCGGUCCUGUACUGUGUGUUUUAUAAUGUCAUCCUUCUGGGGUCAACAAUAGCCACGCCCCAGUGGUCAAUGAUUUAUAUAGACCUCUUCAGCAAAAUGACUUAAAAAUCUUGGAAAUGUCAAGGGCCAGAGGUGUAAUAUUUGGCAAGUAACAUUGUAUGAUUUUCAUCUACCAAGCUUUUUCAAAUCAUGCCCCUGGGGUUAGAGUCGGCCCCACCCAGGUGCUAUCUUGUUUCCCUGAUAUGUAUACAGUGAAGUCUUAAACAAUCAGCUCCUCUGAAACACAAUACACACAGGUUUGGUAUUUGGCAUGUUAAAGUGUAUUUUAGUCCUCAACUAAGUUUGUUUGAAUCAUCCCUGCGGAUAACUAGUCUUGUUUCCUUUGUAUGUAUAUUGGAAAAAAACUAAUCUGAAACUGCAAGGUACAGCAGUAUGAUGUUAAAUGGCAUGAAACAUCAGAUUGUGGUUCUAUACCAAGUUUGUUCAAAUAGUGAACUUAUAGUCAAAAUUUGCCUCGCUGAAGGUGUUACUUCUUUCCAUUAAAUGUCUAUUGUGAAACUUAAUUUUUUUAUGAAACCAAAAUAUCAUCGCGUUUUUUAUGGCAUUAACUAUUGUGUGGAGUGAUCUUCAAAAUUCUUCAAAACACGCACUGGGGUAAAAGCUUUGUAAAAUCUUUGUUGUAUCAUGAAUCAUUAAUAAGAUAGGUCAGAAGUGAAAUUAAUUACACACACAUCACAACAGCAGAUCAGUUAAGUUGAUUUGGGUCUCAGGUGAGAGCAUGAGGUCCUUUGGACGUCUUGUUUUAAUCUGGGUUAAGACAAGAAAACAAACACAAUUUUAUGUUAAAUAUGAAACAAGGUUACAAUUAAACUCACACAAUUUGAAAGUUUUUUAUGUUUUAAAUUGGCAGGAUUAUCGCGGGGUAUGUUUUGUUUGUUUGAUAAAUUCUCAAAUAUUUGUCAAGGAAGGUUUCUGAGAUGAUUAAGAAAAAUAUGAUAGUAUAGCAAUCCUUCCUAUAGGAAUAUCUCUUACUCUAAGAAUUAAUUGUUUACAAAUAUUUCAUAUUUAAAAUACUAUUUAUAGAAAUUGACCAAAUGAUUUAGUUUUAAUAAUGCAUUAGGUGAAUCACAUAGGAGUGUUGUGUAUUUUAAGUGAAUGUGGGACCACAACAAAAAUACAUUACAUUUUCCCAGUUGUUAGUUAGCGUUUUAGUAGUUUUGCACCAUGUAUUGCAUGCUGUUUUUGUUGUUGUUUAUUUCUGUUCACCAGGAUACGCACUGUCAGAUUUGUCUGUGUUCAUCCGAUUUUUUACAUAUGGAAGUUGUAGUUUUAGCUAUGAUAUGAUGUGGCUGUAUACUCACAAACUAUUUCUAGACUUAAGGACAUGACACGUACUACAAAAAUACUUGAGGGAUGCAUUCUUGCACACAAAUGUUGUGUUUGAAUAGUUCUUUUGUCAUAGACAAGUUAACAUUAUGAGUAUUCGAUAAAAUUCAAAAUAGUAGUGUUUCUGUAACAGAAAAGUAUUUUGAAUAUUAUUACCAGUAAUCAUUUUAGUCUUAUUGUUUGCUAUAUUAGCAUAAGUUUGUUGUAUCCGGGCCAUGUUCAUGUUCUCAAAACUAAAUUGGUUACAAAAAGUUGAGACCCUUAGUCUGGCACUAAAAUAAUGCACCAAUGUGUGUUUAGAGAUGGAGUCUGUUAAGUGAAUCAAUUUUGCACAGUCAUAGUUAUGUUUAUUAGAGUAUGUUUUGUAUUAUUCAUUAGUCUUUACAAAAAAGAGAAAAAUUGUUGAUAUACUAGUACUUGAUUUUUGUGACUUAAGAUUUGCAGUAACAACAUUUAUACAGUGUCAAACUUUUGUGAUGUAAAAAAUAUAUCUAUAUUUUAUUUGGAAAUAUUUAUUCUUUAUUGUAUGACGAUGCACUUUUUAAAAUAUUUAAGAUCAUGUUAAACAAUUUGGAAACUGGAAACAUUCUGGAAACAAUUAACAUAAGAAACAUUAGAAUGGUAUACCAUGUACAUUUCCGUUCGUACACUACAAUGCCUUGUUUUGCAGUUUACUGUGAUAUGAUGUCUUAUUUGAUCAAGUGAUUGUCUCACUAAUUUUGUUCAUUAAAUUUAUUUCAUUUGACAUGUUUACAGUAUUUGUAUUUCGUAUAGUGAUACAUUUAUAUUUUCUUAAGUCUUAAUUUAGAAAAUAUUUUAUUAUUUUACAUGUAGAAUAGUUUGUGGUCUGUUUUUUUUCACUGUACUUGAUUAUGGUAAAAGUAGUGUUUUUUUAGCUUGUAGUUUGAAUAAGACAUGUUUUACGAGUAUUAUAGAUGAUAUUAUUUAUAGUUUGAGUAUGUGUAUAAAGGUAUUUCGUAAAUUGUCUUCAGUAAUUGAUAUUCAUAUCUUAAUCUGUAAUAUAUAUGUCAUUAUUUAUGAUCAUACAUAUAUGUAGCUGUCUAAUACACAGUUGAUUAUAUUUAUUUAUUAACAUUAUAGCAUUCUUUUACAUUCCGUAAUGAUGCACACAUUUGAUUAUAUAUGUAUUUGAUGACAAUAACAAAUAAUUCAGUUAGUCAGGUUAUUUAAUAAAUAUGAAAAAAAUA